AUGUCAUUAUCAACGCCUUUGACUCGAUUGCUCGGCAUGAAGCAUCCGGUGAUUUCCGCUGGCAUGUAUAUUGCUGGUGGACCAGAGCUUGUGGCUGCUGUGAGCAAUGCUGGCGGUCUUGGUGUCAUCGGUGGACUCUACUUCACGCCAGAUGAGCUGAGAAUAACCAUUCGAGAAGUGAAGAGGGACUACACCGGAGGCAAACUGGACGAGCUCAUUGAUAUCAUUGCUUGCAGCGGCGCCAAGCUAUUUGUUUCAGCAGUCGGUGUUGCUCCCGUAAAUGUCGUUGAUAAGCUUCGCGCCAAUGGCAUCUUUUACAUGAAUCUAGUUGGUCACCCGAAACAUGUCGCCAAAGCAUGUGCCGCUGGUGCCGACAUCAUCUGUGCCCAGGGUUCAGAAGCCGGUGGCCAUACUGGCGAGAUCCCGACUAGUGUCUUGGUGCCUGCUUGCGCUGAUCUGGUGAAAAAGUACAAGUCUCCUUUGACUGGGCAGCCAGUACAGCUCGUUGCUGCUGGAGGCAUUUGCGAUGGCCGAGGAGUUGCCGCAUCCUUCAUGUAUGGAGCUUCUGCCGUCUGGGUCGGUACGAGGUUUGUCACUGCCAAGGAGUCGAGUGCUCUUGAAGAAUCAAAGCGAGUGAUUAUCGACGCAGGCUUUGAUAGUACCAUUAAAUCAACCAUUUGGACUGGAAGACCAUUACGCGCCGCUGCUACCCCUUACAUCCGAAACUGGGAAUGUAAUCGUAGGUAUGAGCUCGAAGAGCUGCUGUCCAAAGGUAUCAUACCUAUGGACCAUGAGAUCGAGAAGAUUCGCGGAGCUGGCGGUCUCCCUGAAGAGAUCAUGAAGCAGUCGGCGAUGAGACCAAUGAGCAUUGCGUGCGGCCUGAUUAACAAUGGGCAGCAAUCUGCGGCUGACAUAGUCGAAGAGAUGGUAGCAGAAGCAGUCCAAUGUCUCAGCGGUGCUAGUAGCGUUCUUGUGAAAUCGGACUAUUUGGAUUGA